AUGCCUGAGCAAAUUGUCCAAUAUCAGCUGAGUCGCGCCAUGGCCAGUGACGACGAUAAAGCCGUUGAGAAGGCAGGUGAUGGUGACGUUGAUAUGGCAGAAAAGCCGGAAACAUCAGAUUCAGAGCUAGACGAAGGCGGUGACGGUAAGAAUGCGACCAAUGACCCGAAAAAAGAGGAUUCGGACGAUGACAGCGAUGGCGAUGAUAGCGAGGAUGACGAUAGCGAAGAUGAGAAAGAAGCAGCGGAGGAGGCGGAGCGAAAGGCUUUGAUUGACCAAGUCAAAGCGCGCAUCGCAUCGAAUCCAUACGACUAUCAGGCUCACGUUCAGCUGAUAUCUCUCCUGCGCCGCAGCAGCAUGCUGGAGGAGCUGCGGGCAGCGAGGGAGGCGAUGAACGCGCUCUUCCCGUUAUCGCCCGCCAUGUGGCAGCAGUGGGCUCACGACGAGACGCGCCUCAUCGCCUCAGACGCUGACGUGGCAAAGGUGGAAGCUCUGUACAAGCGUGGAGUGGAGGAGUACGUGUCACCUUCCCUCUGGCAGGGAUACCUGGCUUUCCUAGCAGCCCACCACCCCACCAUCACCACACACACCCCUGACGGCCUCAAGCUUUUUCGAACCGCAGCAGAGCAAGCUCUCUCCCAGGUUGGGUUACAUCUGAGGGAGGGCGCAUCUGUCUGGGGGACUUUCAGGGGAUUCGAGAUGGAGGUUCUGCGGAAAGUAACGGACGAGGAGGAAAAGACAAAGCAGGCCGGCCGGGUGCGCGGGCUGUUCCAUCGCCAGCUGGCGGUGCCUCAUUUGCAGCUGCCUGCUACGCUGGCAGCGUAUCUGGCUUGGGAGGCGGAGGAAGGCGGCGAGAAGCUUCCUACACCCUCGUCCGAGUCGUCUCCGGACGUCGAGAAGCUUCCGGGAAGCGUCAAGGCAGCAUAUUUGAAAGCGGAAAAGAUGGUGGGGGAGCGGAGGGGUGUGGAGGAGAGGGUCGAGAAGCUGGAAGGGGAGAAGAGGCGAGUGGAGGAGGAGGGGGGUGGUGCAGCGGCAGGGGGGGGGGGAGGAGGAGGAGGUGAGAGUGGCACUGCUCCUACGUUUGAGAAGACGGAUGAGCUUAUGCAGGCAUACACGGAGUACAUGGCGUUGGAGGCAGCCAGUGGGGACAUGCCACGUCAGCAGGCCAUGCAUGAGAGGGCGGUGACGGGCCUCCCGGUGGUGUUUGACGUGUGGCAGAAAUACAUUGACCUCGUUGACCACAAGCUCAAGGUGCCUUCAGUUGUUCGCUCGGUUUAUUCGCGGGCAGCCCGAAACUGCCCGUGGGUGGGCACGCUUUGGACGCACUAUCUGCUUGCUCUUGAGCGAUUGGGGGCUGCUGAUGCUGACGUGGCAGAGGUCUUUGAGAAGGCCCUUGUCUCAGGAGUUCAGUCUGCAGAUGAGUACUUUGACAUUUUUCUCACCCGCCUGGACGGUUUGAGGCGCCGCCUCUUGCCUCCUCCUGAACCUUCCAAGGGCACUGCUAAAGGGGUUGUUCUUAGCGAGGAUGAAAAGACGGCGCUGGAAGCCACGCUGCGAGCAACCUUUGAGCGAGCAGCUGAGUUCAUGGCUUCAUAUUUCCCCGACCACCAGCAAGCACAGCUGCACCUGGCGGGGUACCAAGCGCACAUAGAAUGUCAGCUGCAGAAGGCAGGGGGGGAGGGGGCAUCUGGAGCGGUGGAGGAAGCUGCUGGAAGGGCCAUCUGGGAGCAAUUCGUGAGAAAGCACGGCUCCUCUCACCAAGCCUGGCUGGGUUUCGCUCAGUUUGAGACGGAGAGGGGGUGCUACAACCAGGCCCGAUCAGUCUUCCGUCGCUGCUACAGCCGGAAGUUUGACUCUCCCUCAGGCACAGAGGAGGUGUGCUCAGCAUGGACACGGUUCGAGAGGGAGUGGGGAACUCUCGGGGACCUGGAUCUUGCAGCAGACAAGGUUGCCCCUCGCUUGGCUGAAGUGGCAGCCUAUCACACACAUGAGGAUCAGGCACAGCUGUACCAACAGCACCGGCAGCAGCAGGAGCAGAAGCAACAGCAGCAGAUGGCGCAAGGGCGCGGGCAAAAGCGCAAGGUGGCAGGAGGGGACGCACGAGGAGAAGGAAGGGGUGGAGGGAAGGGGAGAGGAGGAGGAGGAGCAGAAGGAGGAGAAGGUGGAGGAGGAGGUGGGGAGAGAGGGGGGGAGGGUGGGGGAAGAGACCGAGGCAAGAGGCAGCGUCCGGGAUUAGGGUUUGACAAGAGGCAGGGGCGAGGGUCGGAGGGGCUUGGCAAGGAGGCAGGUUCGGCAGGUGAUGGUUCGGCAGAGGAAGGGAAAGAGACCGUGGGUGGGAAAGGAAAGGGAGGGGAGAAGGCGGAAGAUGGGGGAGAGAAAAGGGAAGAGGGAGGGGAGGCACAGGAGCAGGAAGGGCCGAAGCAUGAUGGGGAGGAUAAGGAGGCAGAGAGGAAGGAAGGAGAAGAGAAGGGGCAGCAGGGGCAGCAGGGGCAGCAAGGGCAGCAACAGGGCCGCUUUUUCACGGACAAGAAUACGGUGUUCCUCUCGAACCUCGAUCUUAGUACGACUCGGGACGAGAUCCUGGAGCUUCUGAAAGAUUGUGGCGAGAUUCGGGACGUGCGGAUGGUGUUCAACCACUCCACUGGGCAGUUCCGGGGCUUCGCCUACGUGGAGCUGGGCAGUGCAGAGGCGGUGGCAGCAGCAGAGAAGCUCAACAGGACGCCAAUGAGAGGGCGCCAGCUCCUUCUUAUACCUUCCUACCCAAUUUCCCACUCCCUUUCCUGUCCUUCCCCUCUUUCCCUCACCCCUCCACUCCCCCCCACCCCCCUCUCGCUCGCCCCCCUCCCCCCAAAUCUUCCCACUCCCCUCCUUGCAGCCUACCAUCCUUCCCACCGAGGCGGCAGAGGCGGGCGGGGAGGCCGCGGCUUGCAGCCUUUGUCAGCUAGUGCCAGGCGGGGGGGUCAGCUGCAGCUGAUUGGCUCGCCAACCUUUGCCAUGCCACGGGCUGUGGGACAAGCCCUGGGGAGAGGUGUGGCUGGAAGGGCACGGGGGAGAGGAGGGGGGAGAGCAGGGGGGAGGGGUGGUAUGGGGAGAGGACAGCAGGGGGGAGGCGGUGCGAAGGGGGAGGAGAUGGGUGGAGGGGGGGGAGGAGGGGGAGAGGCGAAUGGGGAGGCGGGAGGAGAUGGUGGUGCAUGCGACGGCGACGACGGUGAUGACGUGGACACGAGUGCCUUCUCCUCUUCCGGCAACGGCGCGCUUCACCGCGUGGGCGGCUUGGCCGCGGUGACUGCUGACGUGUCACUCGGGGACGCACUUGACGAACUUGGCGGCGGCCCGGAGGAGCGGCUCGGCGUGAACGGGCGGCGAUUAAAGUUCAAAUUGGGCGGCUCGGAGGAAGCUUCGUCGGAGCUUCUUGGGGCGGCGGCUAAGGAGGUUGAGAAAGGGGUAGAGGCGGUGGGAUCGGCGGCGCUUAAAACGCGGGAGACGGAGAGAUCGGUGGAGAGCGAGGAAGAGACGAAACGAAAGAUGAGGGUAUCCCAUGGCCGGGUCAUAUCAGUGCUUCUCUUCCUCCCCCUCCUCUCAACGCUCCUCCUUGUCGACUCCUUCAUCUGGCGCCUCAUCCGCCGCCCCUUAACCGCCUUCUAA